GCACCAGGAUCAGCACGUUCACUCAGGCCGAUCUGGUAUCACGCAGCAUCCAGUACGUCCACACCAGUGAAGAAGAGAAGCACGUCGACCAGUUCUCCUUUUCCGUGUCCGACGGGACUAAUGAGGUGGCCCAGACGUUCUACAUCACCAUCAAACCCGUGGACGACUCCCUGCCUCUGCUCCAGGUUCCUGGCAUGAGGGUCCAGGAAGGAGUGAGGAAGACCAUCACCGAGUUUGAGCUGAAGGCCACAGACGCAGACACUGAGGCGGAGUCCAUCGUCUUCACCGUCGUCCAGGCUCCUCGUCACGGCACCGUCGAGCGCACAAACAACGGGCAGCACUACCGGCAGACCGGCAGCUUCACUAUGGACGACAUCUACCAGAACCGCAUCAGCUACAACCACGACGGCUCCAACUCGCUCAAAGACCGCUUCACCUUCAGCGUGGCCGACGGCACCAACCUGCUCUUCAUGGUGGAGGAGGACGGCAAGGAGGUGACGGCAUGUGUGUGCGUGUAGAGUGUAGAGAGUGUGUGUGUGUACUCUGACAUUUUAACCACAACAGGAAGGCUAAAUCUGCAGUUAGAUUGUGUGUUAGUGUGUGUGUGAGGCAGCUUCUUGACAUUUAUUACUUACCAGAAGA